AAUCUUGAAUGCAUGACUUUUACUUGAAGUAAAAUACGUGAGUACUUCUUCCACCUCUGGAAACAGAUAUUUAAAAUGAGCGGAGUGAGAGGUAAAGGAUAAAUAUUGUGAAGGAGGGAGGACAGGAGGAGGGUGAGGAGAGGCAGCAGAGUAUAAAACAGAUGGAAGAGGAGGGAGAGUGGAGGAGGGAGGGAGGAUAAAUGAAGCCAGAGGGAGAUGAAACAGGUUUGGAGACAGAAAGCAGCCGGUGUUUAAACUCAACAGUCUCUCAGCAGCAGGCAAACAGCGUCGUCGAUACCUCCUCAACCUCCUUCGUCCUCCACCCAUCCUCCUCUUCCUCUCCUCCUCCUCUGGUCUUCCUCUCCAUGCCGGCGGAGGUCUCUCCGCGGGGCUGCCAUGGCGAAGAUGCGGGUGUCGUACGAGUACUCCGAGGCCGAGGACAAGAGCAUCAGGCUGGGGUUGUUCCUGAUCGCCUGCGGGAUACUCAGCCUCUUCAUCCUGGGCUUCUGCUGGCUCAGCCCGACCCUGCAGAGCCUCCAGAGCAAGCCGGCCAACUGCACGGUGGUGUCGGUGUUGCGUCCGGAGGAGAUGUUUGAAUGUGUGUUUACGUGCGGGACAGACUGCAAGGGGACGUCGCUUUAUCCCUGCCUGCAGAUCUUCGUCAACAACUCGGAGUCAAACUCUGUGGCCCUGCUGCACUUCGAUGAGCAACAGCUGGUCCUCAACCCAAAGUGUUCAUACGUCCCUCCCUGCGAGAGGGACAACCAGAAGAACAAAGACAGUGUUUUGUGGUGGGAGGAUUACUUCACCAAAGAGGUCAGCAGCCAGUCCUUCACCUGCUUCUUCAACCAGCAGAGGAGGCCAGACGACGUGUUGUGGCGCCGUUCCCACGACACCAGCGUCCUGCUGCACUGUGUCCUCUGGCCAAUGGUGUCUCUCCUACUGGGCACGCUCAUCGUGCUCCUCACAGUGUGUGCGCGCUCCCUGGCCGUCCGAGCUGAGGCUCUCCAGAAGAGGAAAUGUUCCUACGAAGUGUGCCAAGACCUGUCCGCCGGGCCCUCUAAUCGGCGCGGCAACAAGGCCGAAGACACCCUCGCGACAAACUCUGACCCCGAGCUGUCGCCAACAAGGACCCUGCCACUUUUCGCAGUGCCGGUGCGACGCCGCGAUCGAGAACAUUAAGACGAAACAGAAAUCUGUUUCCACCUGACGAAAUUCAAUCCCUUAGGAAGAAGCUGGUGGGCGAAGACGACCUAACUGGUUGAGGACGCCACCGCGCUGCUGCCUGGUGUGGUUUGAUCUGAAAUAUGAAAAGAGGACGAGGGCAAAUCCACCCUGUUGCCUAUAGAUUUCAGCAGAAACAUCAGGACUGUUUCCUCUGAUUCUAACAAACUGGAUCAGUAGGGGACUCCUGGACCCUGCUGAGUCGAGUCUUCAGAUUAUAAUCAGCAUUUCUUCUAGUGCUAGAGUCGUGACGAAGGGUUAUUAUAAUCACACCUGUGCUGUGAUAGAUGGUUCAAGGAAUUAUGUGUCAGGAAAAGUCAGUCGAACUCCAGGACUGACACUGAACUGCUCCUUACUGCAGUCUGAACUGUAGCUCUUCUAUUACGAUAGUUUUCCCUUUGAGUCCCAGUAGCCAUGAAUGCUAGCUGCUGCUCCUCUAGCUUCUGUGACUCAGUGCAAUCUUUCAUCAAGGGUUUCUUUAGUAGAUCUUUCUGAUUGAUGUAAACCCAAGUUUCUUUUUACUUAUUACAAGGUAAAUGAGUGUCUUCUAGAGCACUUUACAAUUCUUGUGUGCGAUUAACAAAGUCAAACGAUUAAUUUGUUUCCAUCAAAAAACAAAUAGAUAUCAUGAUUUGUUUUCCCUCCUGUGCUCAUAAUGUUUCUCCCAUAUCGUGAUAUCCACCAGCUCUCUCUUCAGACAUCUUUGCAUCUUUUGUAGCUGUAAUCUCUGCUGUCGUCCUACUGUUGUUACAGUCAUAUUUCUAAGAUUAUUUUUGGACAAAUGUCCGGCAGAAGUCCUCGGCUGGGGACGCUGUGGCCAUCGUGUAUGCAUCCCAACUAUCCCAACCCAUUACAGCCUAGACUUUACUACUGGCCGCUUUCUGUGGAGUUGGUGACAUUUAACCAGCAAAGGUCUAGAAGUUGUAAAUCCAUACUGGAAACGAUGUUUGUCAGAGGCUGCUAACAACGGAAUCUUUUGGUUUUUUAAAUGACAGUCUUUACAUAUGCAGUUAACGACACGACAAACUGUAGAGUAAAGUUUACUUGCAGGGCUCAAAUACAUAAUGAGUUGCUUACCGUCAAACUUCAAUUAAAAGCCUAGUCCCUUUUACUGGCCUGGUGUAGCCACUUGUUUUGACAAAAAAAAACACAGGUCUUAAUUAGAAGCCUGGUCUAGUUUUUAUAGAAGUUCUUUAGAUGUGUAAAACCUCUGUCUACACGAACAUGGGUAUUUUCAAAACCGUGACGUUUUCUAUGCGUUUUGGCCGUUCGUAAACACGGAAGGUCACUGAAACCGAACAUUUCUGAAAACUCCUGCCAGGGUGAAAAUUUUAAGAAACUCCGGUUGCAGUGUUGUCGUGUAGACAGUAAAACCAGAGUUUUUGCCUUUUGACGUCAGAGUGUUAUCUGAAGCCCACCAGUUGCCCUCUUGAGCUACUUCUAAGCUGCUUAGAUUGCACAUUCAAAUAUUAAUGUUAAAACUUUCGUCUGUAUGGACAAUGCCACAGUUCAGUUCGUUAGAUUCUCCAUAAUUCAGUCAUUCAGUUAAUUUUAAAGAGACAUAUCAGAUUUAACCGGUAUGUUCAACAAGAGAGACAGCAAGAGAUUUUUAUACAAGUAAUUGUCAUACUGGUUGAACAUAAACUAUUUGAUUAUGGCAUAGCAGGAGUUUUGUGUGAAAGGAAUUAAAGGUGUCUGUCUCAGAUAUAGGCAGGGUGAGUAAAUUAAUAAAAGCCUGGGCUAUUAAUUGAAGUUUUACGGUAAAUAAAUAAGCAAUUUAUUUAUUUUAUGCUCCCGUUUUAUCUUUUACUGGCUCUUUAUUUUUUCUUCUUUUCAUUAUCAUGUAACCGGUGGUGGUAAAGUACUCAGAUUCAAGUCCAGAUUUUUACUUUAGUAGAAGUAAAGAAGUAUUACUGAUGAAAAUAUAAUAAUAAGUAAUGGAUGAAUCAAAAAUAGUUCAGCGCUUUAUUUGCAGCAUCCAUCAGUAAAAGUAACAUACAAUAAACAGAAUUAAAACAUAAAGCAAAUUAACUGAUAUAUUUGUACAUAUAAAAAGGAAUAUUCAAAUGUAAAUUAAAUUAAAAUGUUUAGCAGUACUCUCAAAGUGUUAAGUGAUUAAUGUGUUAGCUUGUUAAAAGUACUAUAAUUUUGUAAUUGAGUCAAACCACUGGUUUAUACUGCAGCUACAGUAAUGUGUAUUAUGAGUUUAUUGCAUGUUUUAAUAUAAAACAUGAAUCUGUAGAUUAACAACCAGCUGACACAAACAUGUAGCGGAGUAAACAAUUUACUAUUUUACUUUAAAUUUAGAAAAUAUCCCAAAAUGGAAACACUCAGAAUUUCAGGAGAAUGCAGUACUUGAGUAAAUGUACUUCUAUUUCUGUAUUUCAACAACAAGGAAAAUGAAAAAUGGAAAAAUUGCUGCAUGAAAAUGAGGAAAAGUAAAAUGGUGAAAAAAUAAAAAAGAGCCAGUAAAACAGUAAAAGGGAGAUUCAAUUUUUAAAUCGACUUGAUUAGAGGUUAUUUUAAAUUAUUUAACUUUAUCAUUUAUUUAUGUAUUCAAAUACACUGUUGACUCAUCAGAGGGCCCAUUAGUGGCUCCUGUUGCUUCUGGGACUCCAAACCGCUUCCUGGUUAAUGAUGUGAGAGCUCUUUGAACCACGGCAGCAGGAACAAACCACAGACCCUGAUGCUGGAGGUCAGACUGGGAACAAAUGUUACGGGACCUUUCCCGUCAAACCAAAACAAAGACGAGACACAGCUUCGUACUCUGGUACAGAGAAAUCAGAGUUUCUUUCAAUGCGGUGGCAAAUCAUCGACUGCAGGCAGUGGUGGAAAGUGACUUUUAUUCAAGUACCAAAAAAAUGUUUUCAUUUGUUUAAGUGCUGGAAAAUAAUAGUGGCCACACAAAAUAUUAACCCAAU